AUGCUUUCAAAAAGGUACGUGUUAGUGAGUGUUCUUGCCACGAUUUGCUUUCUGCUCUUUUUGCUACCGCCCAUGUACGAUUCAGGGACGCUAAACCCUCAGCAGCUUUCCUCAGAUCCCCGUGAAAACGCAACUUUCGUGACUUUGGCGCGUAAUUCCGACUUGGAUGGUAUCAUGGGCACAAUCAGAGGCGUCGAAGAUCGGUUCAAUCACAGGUACAACUACGACUGGGUAUUCCUGAACAACGAAGAGUUUUCAGAUGAAUUCAUAAAAAUGACAUCUCAAAUCAUCAGUGGUGAAGCCAAGUACGGUGUUAUCCCCAAGGAGCACUGGUCCUAUCCCGAUUACAUUGAUAAAGAAAAAGCAGCUGAAGGCCGCAAAAAAAUGGAAGAAGACGGCAUUAUUUAUGGUGGCUCUGAGUCCUAUCGGCACAUGUGCCGCUACGAAUCGGGCUUCUUUUUCCAGCAUCCUCUUAUGCAGGACUAUCGCUAUUACUGGCGCGUAGAGCCAGACACCUUGCUUUUGUGCGACAUCAACUACGACCCUUUCAAGUACUUACGCGUCAACAACAAGGCCUACGGCUUCACAAUUGCCCUUUACGAGUACAUGGCCACUAUUCCAACCCUGUGGGAGGUCACUUUGAAGUUCUUAUCGUCCUUCCCGGAAUACGUCCAUCCUCACAAUCUGGCCAAGUUUUUGUCCGAAGACGGAGGACAAAAUUACAACAGAUGCCAUUUUUGGUCCAAUUUUGAGAUCGCAGACGCCGACUUCUGGCGUGGCGAUGCAUAUCAAAACUAUUUCAAGUUCCUUGAUCGUAUGGGUGGCUUUUUCUACGAACGUUGGGGUGACGCUCCCGUGCACAGCCUGGCAGCCGCCUUGUUCUUGGACCGCGAUCAGAUCCACUUCUUCGAGGACAUCGGCUACUACCACCCUCCUUACGCCCAUGUUCCAGAAAACUUCUUAGAACGUGGCCUCAAGUGUACCUUCCCUGAAAAGCGCACUUUCGACUGGGAGGGAUACAGCUGUAUGCGUCACUACUAUUCUGCGCAGGACAUGGAACUUCCUCCACAAGUUGAUCGUAUCUACUGGUAA